CAUAAACAUUUUAAUUUUGAAAAAAGAAGCAGGAAAUCACACUUGAGCCACUGCUGACAAGGCAUGAGUUCUCCUAAAUUGCUUAACAGCAGCAAAGUUGCACAGUAGCAGAAAGCACGCCGUCAACUAGCAGGCAGGUGGAAGGCUCAUCUUACUCUACGGCUUCGAAAUCAGGAUGGAGUCUCUGGUUCUUCUUCUGCUGUCAGUGUCGUCGGGUGUCAUCAGUCUGACUACAGAAGGUAAAGUGUUUGCCUGGGAAGAUGGCACACUGACAAUCCCAUGUCACUAUGAUAAGAUGAAUUAUAAAUCCCACAUAAAAUAUUUGUGUAAGGGCUAUUACUGGAACUCUUGCUUAAUUGUAGCACAAACUGUUGAUCAAAGUACUGAGUCCAAAAUAACAAUACACGAUAACAAAGAAAAAGGAAUUUUCACCGUCACACUGAACAGACUGAAGACUGAAGACACAGGCUGGUAUUACUGUGGGAUUGAAAUUCAUGGACCAGACAAAGGAGUGAGUCUGUACCUACAAGUCGAUCCUGUUCCUAGGCUCCUUUGGAAAAACAUUGAAAUCAUUGUUCAAGAAGGAGAUGGGGUCAGUGUCCAUUGUCCUUACAAUAGUACCUUCCAAGAGUACGAGAAACGAUGGUGUAAAGGAGCAGAACUGGAUUCCUGUAAGAUGCUGGCACAAUCUAACAGUCCGAGUCUUGGAAAAAACAUUACUCUUAUCGAUAAUCAGAAGCAGAUGGAUUUCACCGUGAACAUCAGCCACCUGGAGAUGAAUGACAGUGGUCCUUACUGGUGUGUAUUUAGCAGGAACGGAGUUACUUUUGGAUCUCCUGUGGAGCUGAACGUUAAUGCUACUCCAAGCAGAAGCUGGAAAAAAGAAAAUGUGAAUUCUAAAAGGCAACAUACUUCAAGAGCAAGUCUAUCCAAAGAAGAAAAAGCUGUAGUAUAUGUAGGAGUGUUAGGCGGUUUGCUAUUAAUAUUCCUGGUAUUGAUCGUUUUGUACGUCAGGAAGAAAAAUGGUUUAAAAAAAAUGAAGCCUCAAAUGCAAAAUGGCGAUGGCCAGAAUCCUGAUGACAGUGAAGAAACUGCUUAUUCCAAUUUGAGUUUUCAACACAGGAGUAAGUCAAAGAAGGAUUUUAAGCAGAAUCCUGAAGAGAAUGAAGAAAUUGCUUAUUCCAAUUUAUCCUUUCAACAGAGGAAAAAAUCAAAGAAAAAAUUUAAGCAUCAAAGCAUCUUAAAUGAUGAUGUCGACUAUACCACUGUGGAAUUUCACAAAAAUGAGCCAAAUUACGCAUCCACUGAAAUAACAUCUGAUCCUCACUUAUCCAUCUAUGCUGAAGUUGUGAACUAAUCGAGGAAAUAAAUCUCCACGCUGAAGACUAGAACUGAGAAGAACAAGCACACAUAAGAAGAAAUGUAAAAUACGCUUUCAAAUAAAGCAAAAGAGCACUGCAGGCCCGGCAUGAAGCCGCUAAUCUUCAGCUACUGCAACAUAUUUUUCAUGAAGACGGUGUUUAUACAGCAUCGACCAACUUCACUGAAAUUAAUGCCAGUUGUUUUAAUUUGCAUGUAAUUUUAGUCUGUGAGAUUUUCUUAUGCUUGAAAGAACUUAACAUAAUUGUAAAUACGGUAUAUAUUACUUAACUGAAUACAAUUUUUAUAUGAUUUUAUGUAACACUUUUCAUAAAGAAAGCUCUCACACUAAGUUUUAUACCAAUAAAUAAUGAACUGUAUUACCGUU